AACCAAUACCCCCCUCUACCUUAAGAUUCCUCGCACGCACCCAAAUUUCCAUUUGAAGCUCUCUCUCAAUUUGGGUUUUUUUUCCCCCUACUACUCAAUCUUCGAAUUCUCACACCCAGAGGUUCGAAUCAUAUAUGUAGUUGUGGGAUUUUGGUGUCGCCACUCCAGGUUUCGAAAAUUUUGGAUUUUUUUUUCCUCUUCUCUUUCGGGGUGCGAAAUUUGAUUUCUCUAAUUAGCGUUUUUAUCCCGCGACUCAAUCUCCGACUUCGAAUACCUAAAGGUUCGGAUAGUAUCAUACAGUUGUGGGUUUUCGGUUUUGAUUCAAAAAGUUUGGAUUUUUGGUGUUGGGUGAUCGAGGGUUACUUGUUUUUUCUUCCGAUCGAGAAUGGGCGAAGCUUCGGAAUCUGCUUCUGCUGAGUGUUUUAGCAACGCGAUGGCGUCUAUGCCGGGUUUUCGCUUCCAUCCCACGGAUGAGGAACUGGUCAUGUACUAUCUGAAGCGGAAGAUUUGCGGGAAGAAGCCGAAGUUCAACGUGAUUCGCGAAACUGAUGUGUACAAGUGUGAUCCUGAGGAUUUGCCUGGGCAAUCUGUACUGAAAACUGGAGAUAGGCAAUGGUUCUUUUUCUGUCAUAGAGAUAGGAAGUAUCCCAAUGGUGGUAGGUCUAACCGAGCAACAAGACAUGGGUACUGGAAAGCAACAGGAAAGGAUCGUAAUGUGACAUGCAAUUCACGGGCAGUUGGAGUGAAAAAGACCCUGGUUUUCUAUAGAGGUAGAGCACCUAGUGGUGAGCGGACUGAUUGGGUUAUGCAUGAAUACACCAUGGAUGAAGAGGAGCUUAAGAGAUGCCAGGGUGUUAAGGACUAUUAUGCACUUUACAAGGUUUUCAAGAAAAGUGGACCUGGUCCUAAAAAUGGAGAACAAUAUGGUGCACCAUUUAAAGAAGAAGAGUGGGCAGAAGAUGGCCUCGUGGAUUUCAAUAUUAACUCAGCUGAUCGGGAGGCUCAAAAUAUCGUUACUGAUGAUGUUAAUGAUCAGCUGCAGCCUUUGUUUGAUGAUGAAAUUGAGGAAAUGAUUAAAGGAAUUUUGGAUGAUGAUCUUCUCCUUGACCAGCAACAUGUGAAUAAUGGUUAUCCUGACUUUCCUCAGGUUGUUACUGAAGAAACACAAAGUACCGUUGUGGAUCAAUUCCCCGAGGCCGUGAUAUUCCCUGAGUCAAGUGGAAUCUUUCACUCUAGCAGUCAGCAUUAUGAUGUUCAGUCCAGCUUUGACUUUCAGUCAGUUACUCCUCACUUCCAUGUGUCUGAAGCACCUGAGGUCACUUCUGCUCCCAACAUUCAAAGAGAGGAGUUUUACUUUGAAGAGGAAGGCUUCUUGGAAAUUAAUGAUCUCAUUGUUACUGAACCUGUAUCGACAACUAUGGAAAAGCCUGUGGAGAACCUGCAGUAUGAAGAUGGUUUAAGUGAACUUGAUCUGUACCAAGAUGCGGAGAUGUUUCUUCGGGACUUGGGGCCAAUUACCUACGAGACUGUUUCACAUGAAUAUAUGAAUACCCUUGGCAGCAAUGUUGAAAAUCAAAAUUACGAGUUGUUGCCCAAUCCAGAGGAGGCCAAUCAAACUGAUGGUGAAUUCUGGAUGCAUGGUGAAAGAAACACCCAGGGUUCAGCAGAAGGCUUUAUUGAUUCUUUCUCUCUACCAACCCCAGGUGUUGUAUGUGAACCUUCCAGCUUUCCUACUGAAGGCUAUGAAAAUCAAAGUAGCAAUGUAGAAGAUGUUACUGCUACAAGUAGAUUCUCCUCUGCUCUCUGGGCCUUUGUUGAAUCAAUACCUACCACUCCUGCAUCAGCUGCUGAAAAUGCUUUGGUGAACCGAGCUUUGAAUCGAAUGUCUAGUUUCAGCAGGGUGAAGAUGAAGAACACAAAUGUUGUCGCAGGUAAAGACACUGCAACUGUGCAGAGAGCGGGCAGAAAGGGUUUUUCAUUCCUUUUCUUCCCUAUUCUUAUUGCUUUUUGUGCUUUCUUGUGGGUUUCUAUUGGAACUUUAAGAUUAUUAGAGAGAUGCAUCUCUCCUUGAAUAUGUAAAUCCACAGUUUUGCUGCUAUAUAUGUUUUGUCUGGGAUCUCCCCAGAUUGACUGAUAACAGUACUGUUCUAACAUAUUCUGAAAAUAAAAAAAUAUUUUAUUCUUUGUGAAUAUUGAACUGCUGUCAAGGUUUAGGGUACUCUAAAUCAGCCUUAAGAGAAGGGGAUUGUAUAGAAAUUGUUAAACUUGUUUAUUCUGAAAGAUUUUUUUUUUUUUUUUAAUAUAUAUAUAUAUAUAUUUUUUGCUUUUUUGUG